GUAGCGCGUACAUGUUACCUUGUUAACAGAAAAUUCAGCAAGUUUGGUAAAUAUUUCCUGGAAUACAUAGAGAUUUCGUAUUUUGUUGAAAAGCUGGUUUCAUCGAUGUACCAACAGGUGGUGCUGCAUUAGCUGUCGUUUGCUGUAUGUAGCGAUAGCAUCGUUUUAUCCCCACUACGUUAGCGCGGUCACCGCGCCGCGUUCACCUUCGCUCUCCUUGUUCGCCGUUUCCGUCGCUCUUGUGUCUUUUCUCAUCGUCUCUCUGUCGUCUUUAGUUUCUAGUCGAAGUCAGCGACAGCGUCUCGCAUGGAUUCCUUUGGUUCUUUAUCCAAGAACGUGUCGCUUUCGAUCGGUUACACCUAGAUCCGUGAUAUUCCUAAAGAUUCAAGAGUUGGUAAUUUGGUAGUGGCAGUUGGUGAACGUGACCCCGGUGUACGCGUGAAUCGACCUUUAAGUUUCCAAUUCCCCCACGUUGCUGCUUACUGAUUCAAGUUGAUUCAGGACGGUGCAUACCGCCAGUCGGUUCGAAUAAUCGUUUCGUGGCAGGUGGAGAGAAAAAUCGGCGAAGCCGAGCCUGCCAACCGAAUCAUUCGCCUAGUCAGCCAGCCGCUGCACGAGGCACGGACGAAUAGUAAUCGCGCCUCGAUCGUCGAUCCUCGAUUCUCGAUCCUCGAUCAUCAACGAUAGAUUAUCGAUCGCAGUGCCGACACAACGUGCAACAUUUCUGACAGCCAUCCGUGCGACGCGUAAUUUCUCGUCGUUCUUUUUUUUUUUUUCUAUUUCCCACUUUUCUAUCAGUUAUCGGCACCGAUUCGUCUCCGUUCACUUUUCGUUUCAGUUUUGUGCGCGACAUUACGAGGGUGAGACAUGUCUUCCCUGAAGGGCGAUAAGAUUCCGUGUGCACGAUUGUGCCACAUCGUCAAAUGGGAGGAUUUCGACGGUUAUGGAUUCAAUUUGCACGCAGAGAAAGGAAAGAAAGGGAAAAAUGGCCAGUAUAUCGGUAAGGUGGACGAAGGGUCCCCCAGUCAGGCCGCUGGUUUGCGACAGGGUGAUCGAAUCAUCGAGGUUAACGAAAUCAACAUCGCGAACGAGACUCAUCAACAGGUUGUUGAACGGAUCAAAGCCUUCCCCAAUGAGACGAAGCUACUGGUGGUCGAUCAAGAAGCCGACGAAUAUUUCAGGGCCAACAACAUUAUUAUCAAGGGCACCAUGGCGAACGUCAAGGUGAUCAAGACCCCGGAGAAGAACCCGAAUAGUGUCGAGCAAGAUGAACUUAACGGCAGCAAUGCUUCCAUCGAUGGGAACGCACAAAAGUCGAGCGGCUCCAACGACACGUCGCGCAGCGAGAGCAGCACAGUGUCGGCAGGUGCGACGAGGAGCUCGACGAAAAGCGAGAACGAGAGUGAACGCGAGGAAGAGACUGCUCGAGAAAACGGGAACACCGCGAGGAACGAGAGGAACGAGAGGAACGAGACGGGUGACACGCACGGCAGUACCGGGAACGGGAGCGUCGGUGGAAACGAGCCCUCACGGCAGGGUCUGAAUCUGAAGAUGAGCGCCAAAGAACUGAGAGCUCAGCUGGCAGCGCGCAAAAAGUACGAUCCGAAGAAGGAAUCGAUCGGCUUCAAGGACAAGUUCGACAUCGUGCAGAAAUUAUAACCGCGACAGGUUACAACGUUUCGUCAUCAGCAUCGACGGUCUUCUCGAUUGUACAGCGCGGUGCUUUCAAACGAACGCGCCAGACACGCUUAGUCCCUUUUCAAAAUCGCAUUUUCCAACGAUUUUAAACGACGUUCGAGCCGAUCAGAUGCGAUUUUUCCCGCUAUCUACGACACCGUUUGCGCUCUUCCAAGGACGAUCACGACGACGCGCGACGCGGGAGAAAGUGUACACAACGCGACGCGACGCCCGUCAUCCUCGAUUUCUGUUACACGUUAUCAAAUUCAAGACGCUGCUCGUUCUUUUCGAUUGCGUUAAUCGAUCAAAAUUAUCGCGGCUGCGGUUCGAUGUAGAAACUUCUUACGACACCUUACGCGACGUCAAACGAUCAUCGACGCGCAAGUCCGAAUGGGAAAACUUUGAAAACGGCGAGUGUGGUUCUCGUUAAAGCAACAAAGACAGAUUUCAUUUACCAGAAUUGAAAUGAUUUUACGUAACCCAAGAAAUAUGUAACAACGUGUAAAAGUAGGCGACACAAUAGUGGGAAGUCUCGCGCGAGUUUCCACGUUAGUUUCUGGACAAAGUAAACGAUGAGCCGCAGCGAGUCACAGGACUCGCAGGAAAUCUUGUUGCUAUCUAACCCGACAUUGUUAAAUAUUACGACAACCUGUUGUGCAACCUUCAAUUAUCGUCGUCGUGAUCCUUUUGCGUCGUACUUUACGCGAAUAUUUACAAGUUGGUUGUUUUGUUUUUCUUUUUUUCUUUCUUUUUUCACACGCGAUAUGCACCUAAUACAUUCCGUCUUGCGACAAUACGCAAUUGCAUUGUACGCAACAUUUCGAGAAGCGUUUAUAUUACGCGAUUUUAUGAUUUAUCAAUGGCUUUUGUCAAAAUACUUUAGUCACGUGAUUUGGCUAGACGUUGCAUUUAAUACUCGAUCGAUAAAAUGAUUUUAUGCCAUCUUCUAGACGAUGUAACGUAAAUACCGAUUUAUAUUUGGCUUUUACAAUCGAGACAUGAUUUUCUAUUAUUAUACUUUAUACGACGCGUUUAUUAUUAGAUAGAUAGGCUCGAUAAGACCAGGCGUUUUCGUAACUUCGGCUGUAAGACUAUGUUUUGUUUGAGAUAACGCUAGACGCGUUUCGUCACAGCUAUUUUCAGUUUGAAAUCAGUUUCAUUAUACGUUUGCAGAUAGCUAUUUUAUAUAUUGUUUCAAUGUUUACAAAAAUUUGUGGUCGCAAUUAUUUUAAUUUCGUAUUUCUUCCAAUUCUGGUUUAUAGAGGGACUUUGCGUACGAACCGUUUUUGUUCGCGCUGUAAAGACAGACUGAUCGUCUUCUCGAUCAAGGAAAGUGAUCGAUCAAAUUGUUCGAAGUUCGCGUAACGCGAUCUUCGAGGCUUUGCGCUGAACGUGCUAUGUAAAUUCUUUUCUGUCUUUUCGUUUUCUUGCAAUACGUUUUUUUCUCCUCAGCUCCAGUGCAUAACGGUAUUCGUUUCUGUAAAUAUAUUAGAUCUUCGUGUCUCAAGAUCGGUGCAACGAUCGAAAGAAGCAGUUAAACGACGAUUGAAAAAUCGAAGGGAAACCAUCGUCGUAUUGCUUUGUCGCGUAAACAUUGUUAUCGAAGGACGUCGAUCAAUCGUUAUCGGGUCGAAAACAAACGAUAUCAGGGAAUUAUUGAUCUGAAACGAAAACUGCAGAUUUAACUCCGAUACGAUGUUAGAAGUAUCGCUUUAAAAUUUGGAAAGUUUUUCGAGCAAACCGUUGCACCGAUUUCUUGAUAUAUGUAUAUAAAUAUUCCGAGUAUUACGUAAAUACACACGUUACGAUUAUCGCACACAUUCAAUAUAAUUUGUAAGCCUUAAUUUUAAGCCUUAUGUUUGACGACAAGACUUAGUUGUACGUUACCCAUAAAAUUGCGUUCAUUUGCGUACAUUUGUGUAUAAAUAGUAUUGUACGUA